CCGGCUGAAACUACUCAAGGUCGAGAGUUAGUUGCAAAGGCCACUUCCCACGUGUCGCUACCGAAUUACCAUGGACAUAGAAGGUGCGUUCAAGACGAUGAGUUCCUUGAGAGUUUUAUAAAGCGUGCCCUUCCCCCACCUCCCACCUCCUCAAUUUCGCUCUCCAUAAUCUCAAGCCCCCCGAACCCACAGACUCCCAUUCUUCUCUUUUCAACGCUUCGAUCUUCCAAUAUCAUUCUCUCAUUCACACGAGCCUUUCAAUAUGGGCAAAGAGACCUUGAGGCCGACAGCCACCAAGAUGCCCAAAACAUCGACCGCCCUGACUAAAUAUCGAUUAGCAAAGUCGUCGAAGUCCUCUGAGGAGAAGAAAGACCUAAUAACUAUUCGAGAUGUGAACACUCGACUGAAACACAAGUUCGCAUGCAACACUUGCAUCCAAGGACACCGAGCACCGCUAUGUGACCCCAGCAAGCAUCGCAACAAGAUUCUCUUCAGACGACCCACUCCCGGAAGGCCAGCUAGAAGUUGCGGACAUACUCAUCUACCUCACUGUGAAUGUCGCGCGUCGCGGAAAUUGUGUUGCUCUCUGACGAAUGAUCAAUGGGACCUACUCAUCGAUGGUGGUUGCCCUGAAGCAGUCAUGUACGACUCUCAGAAAGCACUUGAAGACGCAUGGGCGGCAGCACAGGCCCCUAGCAACUUCUCCAUGUACCCAUAUGGACAGAUGAUGCCGUAUCGACCAGCACCAAACGUCGGCACACCCAUGUGGCCAGGUCCGAUGGGCCCAUAUGGCCAAUCUUUGGCAAACCAACCCGGAUAUCUCGCUUACCCGCCUGCCCUUCCGAGCGUAUACCCGCCAUCAACACAUCACCCUGCCUAUCACGUACCUACACCUUGGGAUGGGCCCAAUAACAAUCAAGUCUAUGGUGGACAGAUGAACGGCGAGCAGAUGAAUGUGGGACAGAUGCAUGAAACGCAGAUGAAUAUUGCACAGAUGAAUGCCGCACAGAGCACUCACACAUACACCAACUUCGCAGCCGAUACAACAGCAUCACUACAUCUUUCCGAGGGCAUGCCGUUCCUUCCAACGUUCACCCCGUACACAGCCCAAGCGUCUAUGGCGUUGCCUGAUGAAUUCACCAUGGACAUGAUCAACGAAGAGCGGAUCGCGGCUCAGCCAUCGUCCAACCCAACACAGUCGUGUUGCUCCUCGAGAUCGCAGCCUCAACAACCCCAGCAACCUAUGAUGCAGACGAUGCAACCGUCCUACUUUCCCACCGCUGAUCCUCGGCAUCAAUUCCCCUGCAUGCGUUGCGCAUCUUCCGAUUGCACGUGUGAAAAUUGUCCUGAGGUCAGACAGACAUCAACCGGUGCCUGGUCACAAGCUUGCGGUCGCGGUGGUCACCUCGACAGCACAAUUCAUCCCAAGCUUGAGUUUACUGCGUACGAGGAAUUUCGCGAUACUCCUGCAGAGCAAACAAAUUUGCCACCGGCCCUCCAUCAAGCUAUGCCGGACAUUUUCGCUGAUCAACUCUUCGACAACUUGAUGUCUGUGUCUGUUCAAGACCCCAUGCUCCCACAAUACCAAGGUAGUACACCUGCCCAUCUUCAAGGCAUCGACCGCGUUGAAGAGCUUCCGGACUCCUCGCCUUGCGUUACCAACGACGGCCCCGUCGAUUUCUCGGCACCGAAUGGCACCAUGGACCCUAGAUACUUUGAAUUUCACCAUCAGCAAUGAGGCGCUGGUUAGCUAUAUCUCUCUUUUGGUUUUACGCAUACUUCGAGCAGGGUGUUGGAGGAGUUACUCCGAAGCCGGCGAGCUUCGUCAUUCAUUAUACCCUAUGAUUCUUGCGACUGUUUUGUUCUGCUUUUGUGGUCGGUUUCGUUGAGUAGUUUAUCAAAAAGUACAAUAUCGACCAGAUUG